UCCGAUGAGUACAAGUCGAACAGCACCACCCAUCAGGGCGCUGGUGCUUGGACAUUGCUCAAAGACGCAUGCUUCUCGUCCGCAUCAUCGCCACAAAUAUCCUCGAACUAGAGCAUUUACUGAGCACGUCGAAGGCCCCUGCAGCUGGCAGCGUCAUCAAUAUAAGCUGAUGCGUUGGUAUGGAGGGUGCGUGCAGGGGCGUGCUGCGUGCUAUGUAUGUCAGGCUAUAUCCUCGCCCAGACCGGAUUGACCUGGGUGCUCAAAUUCGAAGGCCUCGGAAUAAAAGGAUUCGGUCAUUGUGUUCGUUCGCAAAGUGGGAACAAGCAGGUACAUGGACUUCAACGUUGAGCCCAUCAGGGCAUCAGGUCCUAUCCAGUCAGCUCCAACCCCAUCGCAGAUCGCUGGACUUGCUGCUAGGUGCACAAAUUGCUGUAUACUCGCACGUUGCACCUGUUGUGUACAUUGCUAAACACGAUAGUUGCUUCAACAAGCAUUGCUCACCUCUCCCCGCUCGGCGCCCAAUGAAGCGUGAGCGCGUGAGCUUCUAGCUAUAACGUGAAGCAGUCAUAUAGCAUGUAUGCAUCAUUCUUACACCCAUGAAUCAUACAUUCAUCGAUAAUCGUUCACCGUUCACCCAUCAUGCGUCACGGUUGUAAGGGUUUCGUCGAGUUAUCCUGCAUCGUCCAUCAUUGAUUGAUUCAUCGUUCUAUAGAAGACGCUGCAGUAAGAUGGGAUCAUAUGGGUCGCGACGGCGGCGAUGAACCAUCGAAAGCUGUUCAAUGCAAUCUUAACUCUUGGGGCUAGAGGCUUGUGGCAUUGAUCACAAUGAAUCUCAUGUUGAC